UCAAUAAUUUGCUGUUGUUAUACUCUACUUACCAUCCAAUCAUGGUGGAGUCGAGACCACUUGGUCAAAUGUUGGAGCUCGUUUCACCCGGCGGGAGGGAAGGAAGUAGAUGAGUAUACGGAACACAUUUUCUCUGCUUCUACGGAACUAUUCUUUUAAUCCAAUCGGCCUUUCAUCAUCUCCAUUUAUUCUCUCUCUGCGAUCUUCGUAUGUUCUUGGUACAACUAAAUUCUUUUACGACCUGAGGUUUGUUUGGGCUGGUGGUAGGAAGUAAUUCAAUGGAGCAGCAUUUAGAAAAUUCUAUUUCAGCUCUGCAAGCUUCUCCAGCACCAACUGUAUUUCAAGAGGUGGAAAAUGCAUGGGGGAUCCGACGUAGAAAAGAGGCAUAUCAAGCGUCAAGUGACACUAGCUUGUUUUCAAGCUCAUUGCCUGUCAUUCCGCAUGAGAAAAUGAACUUCGUUGACUUGGAAUAUAAUAAACAAUCUCUCGAAGGUGGAUUUCCUCAAGAAGAUGAGAGUGAAGAUACACUUGGUGAUAUGACAACUAGUUUAACUGGAAGCAUGCUUCCUGGGGACGAAGAUGAGCUAUUAGCCGGCGUAAUGGAUGAUUUUGACCUUGGUGACUUGCCUACUCAGUUGGAGGACUUGGAAGAUGACCUGUUUGAAAGUGGAGGGGGAAUGGAAAUGGAUUUUGAUUCUCAAGAAGCACUUCGAUUUGGUCUCUCGACCUUAAGCAUGUCUGAUGGUGUCCCUUUAAUUGGUAUCGGUCGUCAUGAGCUUCCUAAUGGUGGGGGAUCAGUUGUUGGAGAACACCCAUAUGGAGAACACCCUUCAAGGACAUUAUUCGUUAGGAAUAUUAAUAGCAAUGUUGAAGACUCUGAAUUGAGAUCCCUCUUUGAGGAAUAUGGAGAAAUCAGAAAUAUAUAUGCGGCAUGUAAGCACAGGGGUUUUGUGAUGAUAUCUUAUUAUGACAUCCGACAUGCUCGAGCUGCCAUGAGAGAACUUCAAAGCAAGCCUUUGAGACGAAGAAAACUAGACAUUCAUUUUUCAAUCCCUAAGGAUAACCCUUCAGAAAAAGAUAUCAAUCAAGGAACUCUUGUUGUCUUCAACUUGGAUGCUUCAAUAUCUAGUGAUGAUCUUCGUCAAAUAUUUGCGGCUUAUGGGGAAGUCAAAGAGAUCAGGGAAACACCAAACAAGAGACACCAUAAGUUUAUUGAAUUUUAUGACAUUCGAGCUGCCGAGAUGGCUCUCAAAGCUCUAAAUGGGAGUGAAAUUGCUGGCAAACGAAUAAAACUUGAACACAGUAGGCCUGGUGGUACUCGUAGAAGCUUAAUACAGCAAUUAAGUCUAGAGCUGGAACAGGAUGAAACUCGAGCUUUCUGGCACCAUGUUGGUUCACCAGUGGUCAACUCUCCCCCUGGUAGCUGGACUCAUCUAAGCAGUCCAGGGGAACGCAGUUCACAACAAGGGUUUAGCUGGUCAUCAGGGAUGGGAACACUUAGCCCUGUUAACAGCAACAAUUUGCGUGGCUUGGCGUCUAUACUUCCAACACAUCUGUCAAACCCUGUGAAGAUUGCACCGAUCGGUAAAGAUCAAGGCACAAGGGAUAGCCUUAUCAAGUCAACACAGGGCUUGGACUAUCAGCAAUCUCGUUCCUUCCCCGAGAAUAAAACAAGCACUAGUCCAGGGAAUGCAUCCUCUUUUGUCGAUUCCAGAUUUAACCAGCAGAGCAUAGGUACACUAUCUGGUCCGGAGUUCCUAUGGGGAAGUCCAACUACUUACUCUGACCUCCAAAGUUCUUCUUCUUGGCGGGCAUCUUCGGUCGGCCUGUUCACACCAACCGAACAGGGACCAGUUUAUGCAAGUCCCAGCCAGCAUGGUACAUUUCUAGGAUCACAUCAUCAUGUAGGCUCUGCUCCAUCUGGCACACCUUUUGAUCGCCAUUUCACAUCCUAUCCAGAAUCUUUAGAGAGACCCUUUAUGGGUCCUCUCGUCUUUAAUGGUGUGGGAUCGAUUGUCGGUAAUGGAAGCCACAUGACGAACCUGAGUGCACAUGGUACUGGUUUUGGUCCUGCUUCUCCUGGAGAUGUACUUGGAAGUGGUUCUCCUAUUUCCCGAAUGACAUCUUUUCCUAGCAAAGGACCUAUAUUCUUUGGCAAUGGAAGGGGAGCAUUAAAUGAGGGGUCAAUCGAACGUAAUCGAAUUCGGCGAGUUGAUUACCCUGUGAACCAGAUAGGAAACAAACAGUAUCAACUUGAUUUGGAUAAGAUUAUUAGCGGGGAAGACGCUAGAACAACGUUAAUGAUAAAGAAUAUCCCUAAUAAGUACACUUCAAAGAUGUUGCUUGCAGCUAUAGAUGAAAGUCACAAGGGUACCUAUGACUUUGUGUAUUUGCCCAUUGAUUUUAAGAACAAAUGCAAUGUGGGCUAUGCGUUCAUCAACAUGGUGUCUCCUUCACACAUUAUCUCCUUCUAUGAGGCAUUCAAUGGGAAAAAGUGGGAGAAAUUUAAUAGCGAAAAGGUUGCUUCUUUGGCGUAUGCACGGAUCCAGGGGAAGGUAGCUCUCAUUACUCAUUUCCAGAAUUCAAGUCUAAUGAAUGAGGACAAAUGGUGCAGACCAAUUCUCUUCCAGUCAGAGCCCCAAGGGAAAGAUGAUCAGGACCCCAUUCCCUGCCACAAUAUGAACAUAUGUAUUCGUCAACCAGAUGGAUCGUAUUCGGUGGAUUCAUUGGACAGUUCACCCAGUAGUCUGGAAGGAAACCGGAAUUCAACAAGCUGAUUCUGAUUGGAAGACUCCACCUACUAACCGUUGGGAAGUACACUUGUAUUUAUAGCAGGGUUGCAUUUUAUCGCAUAAUUUUGUGGAUCAUAACGCUAAUGGGGAAUUGGUUUGCUGUAUCGAGAUCGACAAGUUGUUGCAUAGAAAGUUGAGACAAGGGUAAAACAACGGCUAUGCUGAACGGUUAACAUGGUUCGGUUUGCUCGAAGUAACCGUGAAAAUAUGCAGUGUUUGUAUAAGUUAAAAAUUAUGGUUGACUUGUUUGUAGAUAAUUUAUUUGUUGCGAGUUAGAAAGUGUAGUUGCAAAGGGCCGUUUUCAAGUGUAUAGAAGAGAGAACAGAUCCUGGAUGGUAACUAUUACUGUACGAUGUGAAGUUAUGCUAAAAAAACGAACAUCAUCAUAUAGAUACAGUAUUUAUGUACCAAAUUCUCUUUUUG